AUGCUACUACAAGUAAACCAUGCCACAAAAGCAUCUAGUCACAACGGUUCUUUUACAUUAAAUGCUCUAUCCGGUAAGAUAAUGUUCCGCGACAUAGUGUACAUCAACUGUGACUACACACUUCGAAUACAGGACGGGUAUUUGAUAUUCAGAUGGUGGCGCUCUUACGUACCCAAAGACGUUUCUGAAGACUUAUCACACUCCGACACUCGUUUAUCCAUCAUGUUAAAUGGCUUCGAGCUCCACUUUUAUAAUCGAUGUGACAUGUACAAUGAAUUAGAAAAAAUAUUCGGCCUCGAGCCACUUAUCAAACAACAGAAUGACGACGACUGCGCGGACCGUGACAAAGCCAUGAAUGAUGCUAACGAGAAGAGAAGACGAGCGCAAGACACCGUGAGAUCAGAAGCAGCUAUGGCGAGGACAUGGCGAGACUUAAUUCCUGUUAUAAAGAUAGAUAUCUGCUCAGGACGAGUCGUUUUUGGCAACAGAUUGGUACCAACAACACUCUCGAUCAGCAUUGAGGAAUCCCAUUUAGUCUAUAGCACAAAGCCACCAGCUUCCAGUCUAGACCAUUUAAUGCACUUCGUCAAAGCCAAAGCGGAAAAUUGUAAAGUAAUGCUCGCCCCUAGUCCUAAUUACACGUCAAUGGUUGAUGAACCACCGAGAUAUAUGGGAGAAGGCUUCGUUAUAAUGAGCUCCAAUUAUAUCGAAGUCUACUUCUAUAUGGAUGAGCCCGGUUUGGUGCCAGAACAGCCUGUUUUACUGCAGUUAGCCAAUGGCGAUAUAGUCGAAUCAGCUCCUCCAAUCUGGGGUGUAGAUAUUAAAUGCGGAAAAGGAACGGACUUCAGUUAUGGACCCUGGGCUGAUCGACAAAGGGAUCACCUCUUUAAAUUUUUCUUCCCACCGAAUUUUAAAAGUUUAGAAGUGACUCCACAACCAAAACCCGGCGAUAGACGACAAACACAAUCUUUUGACAUAAGACUCUCAACUUUAAAUGAAGCAACUAUUGAUAUCUUAUUUACGAAAAAUAAAGAAACGAAUGCUGUACACAUAAAUAUUGGUGCUGGUUCGUAUCUCGAAGUGACACUGCCCUGGAUUGUCUUGCAAGAUGGAUAUACGACAAAGAUCACUGGACAGCUCCUGCAUUUAGAAGCCACAACUAGUCUUCAGUACCGAAGCUUAGCUGAGAGUGAAACUUUAGAGUACACGGUCAAAUGCCACUAUCCUCUCGUAUGGAACCAUCACCAAUGUUGGCAGCUAAGUUUAACAGGCUGCAAAGCAACCACACAUCUCGUCUACACACACAUAGAUUUCUUCCAAGAUCUCAUAAAUGACUGGGCCUCAAAAGCCCGCCCUGAUAUAUUACACUUUGUACCUUACACAUGGAAAAUUUCUCUUCUACUUAAAGAAUGCGAGGUGGUCACUGUAAGCAACCAGUUCAACUGGAUUGACUGUAGUUCUACUAAUCAGGAAAAUAAUUACGUGGCGUUUUGUGGUGAUCUGCUCGAUGUGUCCUUCGAUUUGCCCUUUGUCGAUUUCUUGCCAGAUGUUAUUCCACUCAAGAUCUGGGUACAAGGUGAAGCUGUUGACAUGAGCCUCUACUUGCCUGAAGUACAUACAUCGAGAUUGCUACUUCUAUCUAUUGAUAAAAACAUGAAACUAGUCCCCUGUAGACUAAAAGCAUCAAAAUGGCGGAGAAAAUGCGUGAAGUCACAAGGUUGGAUAGAGUGCUGGUCUGUUCCCAUAGUGGCUCUAAGUGUGAGAUACAAUUACCAUCCAAUCCCUCCAUUAGGACCUGAGCCACAAGCAGAUAUAACCACUCCUGAAAAGGAAGAAAUUCUUCUUUCACCGAUGAGAAUACCAAGGAUGCGAAAACAGCCUCAAAUCAAUUGGACUUUAGAUGGCAAUAAAUUCGAUAGAACCACCUUACCACCUGAUAAAGUUAGUUUAGAACUAGAAGUUGGACCCUCAAUCCUUUUAGCAUAUGGAACUAUUAUUACAAGUUUCCUGAACCUACUAGAAAAUAUUUUUGGUGAAGACCAGACAUUCACAGACAUGCAAAAGACGCCAAACAUGGAAUCGUUUUAUUGGUCCAGUGAGAGCACAAAACUCAAUGAUAAGAGCAGUAUCAACCAACAUACUGACAUAUCGAUUGAUGAUUCGACGGAUUCGAGCAAGGGACCGUUUGAUCCUCGACGGUAUAGACCUUUAGACGUCACUGUUUCCAUUAUCAUCCACGAUAUUCAAGCCCACCUUGUGAAGAAUUGUAGUGAAAAUGAACCACCUUGUCCGGUCAUAUUGAUCGAGCGAUUUGGUUUUGAAAUGGACAAAACCUUUAGGGAAACGAAAUUACAACUUUUGUUGAGUCCAUCAAUAUUAGUAUCUGCGAACAACUUGUCGCGAUCCAACCCUAUGAAUUCGGGAGCACUGUAUCAAGGCCACUUAAUGCUUUCGUCAUUCCAACUGAGAGGUAACGGCUUCUUCAGUGAUAUGAAUCGCACUGUAGAAGAAGAGACGGUAGAAUACGCCUGGAUGAUGGAACUUCAACUAGGGCAGUUAACAGGACGUCUAACGUUACCUCAACUAUACCAAAUAAUAUCAUCAUUAGAAACAUUCCUACUAUUAUUAGGAGACAGUGAAAACGAAUUAGUGCCGCCGAACACGGCGAAACAAUGUCACCAUGGACUAAAUAGUAUUAUGUGCGGUGAGACUGAUCGUACUUUAAAAUAUCGGUGCCCUUCAUCUAACGAAAUCAAGUACAAAAUGAUUCGAGUUGCCAUUGAUCUCAUUGAUAUUUAUCUCGCGGAUUCAAAUACAACGCUACAGACGUGGAUAUCGCCAGCAAGACUUAGUUUUUGCAACUUACACGGUUCAGGAUUCGGUACAGGAUUAACUGGAUUGUUGCCUAACAUAAAGUUAUCUCUAUUUACUCAGACGAAUAUGCAAAAUAACACACACCACCAUUCAAAUGGAAGUAACAAUACAAACGCUAGUCAAGCCAAACAACCAGAGAGUGAGACUUGGGUCGGUGUCGGGUCGGUCACGUUAGGACCUUUAUUGCUUGAAGCUGCCUCAUCCUUACCACAAACGCCUAAAAAUCUCCACUUAGUACAACAGAAGUUCUUAAAACUUCACGAUGAAAAGACUAAAAGGAUAUGGUUCCUUUGGCCAAGUGAAGGAAAAAGUUCCCAGUGUGGAUGUACGGGUGGCUGUGCAUUCUUUGGUUCUAAUAGAAAUGGGCCCAAUUUCCUGAAGCCGAGCUCAGGCGAUCUUAAUGAAGGAAUUAACGUGGCCAUAUUUAAUAUAAUAGAGACGACACCAGGGGAAUAUGGCUAUGGACAAAGCUUACUACAUUCUGGACAGCUCGUUUUCCACACUCCACCCUACAACAGUUUAAACGUAUGCCUGCAGCCUACAAAUGUGUCUACACUAAUACCCUCUCCAUUACCACAAAAUUUAAAUAAGUCUCCUCUAAGCGCUGAACGUCGAAGUCUUACAAGAAGAUUUUCUUAUACCAGCAUGAGUAAAGGAAGUAAUAAUGUACUCGUAUCGAGUACAAAGAGUGACGUGCCCUACGCGCGCUUAGUAGAUGCCAGCGUGCCUUUAGGAAGUACAAAAAUCGACAGUGAUUCUAAACUUAAUAAAGGCAUACUGAAUGUUCCACAAAUGGAGAGUAGUGUUUCCGAUUCGAAACUAGCUCUAAGCUGUGCGGCCAAAGACAAUGGUAACGUCAUGAGUAAAAAGACAGGUCCAGCGGAUGCCGAAACCUUCGUAGUACCAAAAGUGCCUGCCAAGAGCGUGGCUGUAUCUGAAUCUCAUUAUUCACUGAAUUCACAACCUCCACCUGAGGAUGGUCUUCCUCAAGAAGUCCAAAGAACAAUGUCAAUUACCAGUGAGAAUCAUUCAGAAGCUUUCUUUUCGGCUGAUGAAGAUAUGUUCCCCAGCCGUUCUUCGAGUUUGAAACAUUCCUUCGGCAGUCGGCACAGUAACCAUAAGGAUAAAAGUUCCUUUGGAAUUAACGAUAUAUCUAACGAAAAAUGGAAUAGUUCUUUGCCUAAAUCGGAACCGAUUGAAAUACCCGAUACGAUAAGCAAUUUAAGUACAGGAGUUCAACCUGAUUCAGAAAGCGGCUCGGUAUCAUCAAACUCCUUUAUAUCAGCUAUAUCGUCACAAGAGGAUAUGACGCUUGUUAACCUUCAUAUGCAGACAAAUAAGCCUAUUGUAGACUCACCUUUAUUAAUGGCCAGCUACAUGCACAACCUGCCUCAGUACAAAUGUUCAAACUGGAACACUUGUUCUCUCCCAAGUGGCAGUGACGUAUUCACUUUGCCUCUGUUCAGAAGAGCGGAUGACGGUACGUUAGUUUACGUUGGCCAAAAGUAUCUUCCAUGCUUCGAAUCGCACGGUAAAAUUAACGUACUGAAACUGGUAUCAAAGAAAGAUCACAACAAUCAGAACCAGCAUGGCCCGUACUCAAACUUACCACCACAUUUUAACUCUCAAGUUAAAGCUCAUCCGUAUCCUCAAGGUUGGUGGGACAUCCAGCAGACAGUGCAAGAUAGCCAAGAGAACACAACGGAGAAGAGUACCACAUCGACAGUUACUACCACGAGCGACAGCAAAAGCGGCCUAUUUAUCAAAUUGCGGGGAGAAAUAGACAUUAUGUUAACACCUCUAGUCUUGGAAAGUAUACAGAAAUUUGUCGAAUCCCUAACUCCUGUUCUGGCCAACAUACAUCCGAUAACAGUGAUUAAUCACUUACGUUUGCUUUGUAUAUCAACCGUAUCAAGUGCAAAUGUACUGAAACAGAAGCAGUACGUACAAAAUUGGCUACCGCAAAUGCAAACCCGAAGUCAAUCCAACCUGGUGUCGGACAAGGACGACAAAUGCAAAUUGGCCACGAUACCACAUUCCAAUGUUUACGAGGAAACGAUUUGUGAACAGUUACAAGCGACUGUCACUAUUCCUAAAGUCAACAUGAUAUUCAUACAAUCCUCAGUUGUGGAAGACAUGAUCUCUUUCUCUGCUUUGGACAACAUCCAGGAUUUGACUUGUGUAUCCUUAUUUGGAGUGUCAGUCGAAAACAUUAUAGCAAAAUAUGUCAGUUCGAGGAAAAAUCUGGAGUCUGUCCAGCUUUAUUAUAGACCGACAUUGAGAGCACUGGGCAGUAAGAAGUCUUUUGGAAUAAUGAAAGGUCCGAGGGCUCUGAUUGCAGCUCAGUCUUCGAGAAAACGUGGACAAGAACGAGGAGAGCCUGUCUAUAUUGAGGCAUCACAACAACAGUGUGAAGAUACAACUAUAACGUUGAAUGUCGGAAAGGUCCACGGUCAACUGCGGCGCAUACGCAACGAGUCUUCUCAACUAAAAGACGUGACUAUCACUGGGAUCCCCUGUCAACACUCCAAAGUAUGCUUCAAAUUCAUAAGGGUUGAUACAUGCGCCAAAGGAUGCGAAUCUACGUGCUGCCAGAAUGGGACAGCCGAACCACAAAAAGACAGCCCUAUUGGCUACAUCAUGUUUGAAUGUGGAUUAGAAGGCGUGUCAAUAAAGGUGUCAAAACAUUCCCAAUCCCACAAGCCGAAUGAGGACAAAAAAUGCGUCAGACAAGACAAUGAGAGCUGCAGAGAAUCCGUCAAGUCUGCCGAAGAGUUGAAGCCUGAUAAAGAAAAGACUAAGAGUUACAGAACUUCAGGGAUCGAAGAUCUGUUCAGAAAAAAAGAUUCCAACUCUAAACCUAGUACUCCAAACUUGGGGAAUGCCCAACCACCACCUGUUCCCCCUCCGGAGCCGUCAACUCCUGGACCUGAGGAGCCUUCGAAUAAUGAUAGCAGUUGUACUAUCGUUCCUAUAAAGGAUAAUGGGAAUAUGUCGUCGUGCGCCAUCGACCUCAAAGUGGUGUGGUUCAAUUUCGCUGCUCCUCCGAGGACUCCGAUUACGAAGAAGAUUGAUUAUACCAGACUGGAUUGGAAUCUAUUGAGCACUGCGUCUCCGGCCAUCAACGCAUGGAUGAACCCGUGCAACCGACUCGGCAUUCGGGUCGUAGCUCUGUACAGGGCAUACGCUAGACGGUUGACGGCAACUGCCGCCAGUCUCAUGGCCGCUGCAUUGGAUCUCACUUCGCACCAUACUUUACCGAAGAGUCGGUACGGGCGCCACACGCCGAUGGGCAAGCAGCUGCGCGAGGAGCCGUCGCUGCAGCUGUGCGCCGUGCUGCUGCGGUACGCGCUGCAGGCCGACGCGGCCGCCGUGCAGGCCGACCUGGCCGAGCGGCACCUGCCUUCGCUCUCCACGCUCAGACAGGGUGUGAUAGUCCUCAGUCGCCAAUGGAAGAACAUACUGUACACGCCAUUGUUACUUGAACAUAAUUACAAGAGCAAAGUAAUGAAGCCACUAAACGUUACCUUUGCGUUACCUGAUUUAUUAGAAGACUCAGGGGAAGGUUGGCAAGAAUAUCCUCUGGAGACGGAGGCUCUAGACGAGAACUGUCUACUGCUCAAUAUGGACGUUGAUAAAAUCAACCUGCCCGUACGCGCAGCACAAAGCAGUCGCGCAAGCCUCGUGUUCCCGUCACUGCCGUUCUCAACGAGAAAGCCUGCCUUCCAUGACGAUGCAAUAGCUAACUAUGGUACAUUGAAAGAGGACCUGCCGACACUGGGCUCGAAUCCUUCACUGUACUCUCCGCAUGGCAGUGACGAUAACAUCAGGAACGAUAGAGCGAGAGAGGAUCUGUAUCAAUGGAUGGCUAAGCAAGAGCCCAUAAAAGUGGAGCCAAAAAGUAAGAAGUCGAUUAUCCCACCGUCCAAGAUGCAUCCCCGAUCUGUGGCAGCUAUGCCAGCGUGCAGCCUGUACCCGGUUCAGGGCUCGCUGAUGCUGUUGGAUGCUCACCUUGUUUUCCAGCCAUUCCUAUCUGCAUUAGGAGUAUCACCGAAUCAGGUUACACAAGGUGAAUCAAAGAACAAAACAGGCGAGGGUGGUGGUGCUCCGGUGCUGGAAUCGUUGGGCUCCAAGCUGUCUCUCAUCGCGUGGAUGGAUAUGUUCCGCAUUGACAUUGUCGUGAGCGAACUCGCGACAAGAGAUAGAAGACAUCCUAGCAAGGGUAAAGGUACCCAAUCUCACGCUAAUAUACCCUCGGAAACCCCAGCAUUCCUGUGUGAGAAGGUAUCCAUCGAAAUGGACCUGAAGAAGGUGGCCGAUAUGGCAGUGGACGAUCUGAUCCAGCGACAGAAUGUGCUGUACAUCUCGCGAGGACAGCUCAAGAAGCACAUCAGCACCAUGCUUAAUUUUAACAUCAGCAUACGGUUUAUUUCCCAGCAGGUAAACAUGCCCUUACUACGGCUGCUGCACCAGAUCAGCAACAUGUAUCAGAAUGUAAAGGACACUCAAGUUGAACUGAGGAGUCAGACCAAAAUAUCUCAUCGGCAAAACAAACACACUUCCUCAUCAGUGUCAGACUUCAGAGAAAACAUAACAAGUGUAACAUCACUAGAGAAAGAGGUCCAGUACGCGACUCUGGAGCCGAAGUGGGAUCUCAUCGCACCGACCUUGACUCCAGAGCUGGGUGUGUCAGUGCCACAGUCUUCUAGUCAGCAGAAACUAAACCAACCUCCGAGACCAAGGCCUCAAUCUUUUGCACAGAAGUUGAGGUCUACUGGGAAGAGUGUCAAGGGGAAAUUGGGCUACAGCUCGCUGAACGAGGGUGCGCACACGCCCAUGUUCCCCGGCGCGGCGGUGGGGGGUGCGGGGGGCGCCAGCCCCGCGGCCUCGCCCUCGGCCGACGCCGUGGACGGCAAGCUGGCGCCGCGCUGCUGGCGCACCGUGUACCUGCUGCUGGACCUCUACGCCAACAUGCCCGACGCCGAGACCAUCACCCACAGAUUCUCGGUGACGACUGACAUCCCGGAGCAGUACCGCCACAGCAAGACAGCGGCGCGGCCCAGCUCCCGGGAACAGAACACCAGCAACUCCUCCUCUAGCGCCACCAACAUGGGCAUCGUCGUCGUUGGAGUAGCUAGGAUCCAUCGUACUCGACUCCUGGCGUCCCUGUCCGGUCUGAAGUUGGAAGCGGAGAUAACAUCACUGCAAGCUUCUCUGUCGGCGUCGCGAUCUCGCCAGUGGUCUCUGUCCGGUAACCUCGGCAGAACCAUGAUCGUCUUACUCGAAGGAGUCGCACCCAAUCAUCAAACGGUGGUCCGGGUGAGCGUGGGCAAGUCGCAGGCGCUGUACAGCUGGGAGACGGGGCGGCCGGGCGCGUCGGCGCUGCUGAGCGUGGGCGGCGUGCGCGUCGACCUGCCGCAGCACCCCGUGGCGCUGCACGGCGUCAUGACGCGCUCCAGCAGGCAGCUCUCCUCCACGCUGCAGGAACUGGGAGUGACUCGUACUUCAUCCCGGCUGUCUCGCUCGGGCCCCGGCACCAGCGCCACGGCAGCUGGAGCGGGCUCGGGCUCAUCGGAGGAGGGCUCGCCUGCCCCCGCCCCACGUCCUCCUCGUCCUCCGCGCCCCACGCCAUCACAUCCUCUCUUGAACCCGCUGCAUUUGCACUUCUCGAUAUUAUUGCAGAGUUUGAGCAUAACGGCCGCGCUGCUGCCGUCGUUGCAAGCUCAGUACAAGAUGGAGCAAGUACAAAGUACUGGAGUGACGGGCAAUAAGGCGCAGUUCACGGUCGAUUUACAACAACAUUCUUUGAGUUUCGUUACAAAAUUGCAAGUCCCGGAGGCCAACAUCCCGUCGGAGGCGGCGGUGUGGCUGCCCGGCGUGCACGUGUCGGGGCGCGUGCUGGAGCAGCGCGGCGCGGCGCGCAGGGAGGGCGCGCUGCUGCGGGCGGGCCGCUACGUGCACGCCGCCGCCGACAUCGGCCUGUUCGAGCACACGCUCUCCACCGACCUGCUCAACCACCUCGUCUUCGUGCAGAAGGUCUUCAUGAAGGAAGUGAACGAAGUGGUCCAGAAAGUGUACGGGGGAGAGAAACCGGUGCCGCUGUGGAACGAAGAAGAGGCCUCCGCGUCUGCGCUCAGCAAGAUACUGUUCUCCCUCACUAUCAGAAUCAAGCGCAUCCAACUGACGGCGACGACUCCGAGCAACUCGGCAGUACGCCUAGAGACGGGCGCAGUUGAGUUCGAGAUAUCGAACCGCGUACAGAACGUUCAGCAGCCGACCGAACCGCACGAAGUGAGGCUGUUCGCGAGGGCGCAGGUCGACGUCAACAUUAGCUUAGGACAGGUCAUCCGCAAUGCCAUGUUUGAGGAGGCCGAGCCAGAGUUCCAGCAAUACGCGUUCUUUAAUACCAGAAUAUCGAUGCGCAAUGCAUUCCAAGAUGAGUUGGUAUGUGGGGAUGACAAGGAAGUGGUCCUGAUAACUCUGAAGCGUCCUCUCAUCUACAUCCAGCCGGUGGCGGUGGACAAGGCCAUCCUCGUGUGGCUCAACUACAAGAACGCUUACGAGUACUGGAACGAGAAGAGGCUCAAUCUCAAUAAGGAGGUGCUGACAGCUACGCAACAGGUCUUUGAGAAAGUACAACUGACGUCACAGAUCACCACCCCUCACCUCAGCACGUUGUUCUUACAACUGAACGUCGAUGAUAUUGGAAUAUGUCUACCACUUAAUCAACCGCCUGUGGUGGCACGUUGGGGCAUGGGUCGGCCCGGGUUCGGCGCGUGGACCGGAGAAAGCGAGUCCCGCGGGGCCGUGGUCGUGACCCUCGAGAGCACCACCAUAGGCGCCUGCAGCUCCGGGGCGUUGGUGUCCAAGGGGCGCUUUGUUGGGCUCUGCUUGCGGUUCGCCGAUGAUUUCGAAGCCUCGCUGGAUGACUGGAAACCGAGGGCUGAUGAACCGGAGCUCAAUGUGUGCUGUGUCUCCGAGGGGACUUAUGAAGUCUGCAGCAGAACUACUGCUGCUAAACAUAACGAAAAUGCCAAGUGGUUCCUGAACGUAUCCUGGCAGAUGGAAGGUGUGGACAUCCACCUCGACGUGAACGUGGGCAAGCAACUGUCUGCGCUGGGCCACACGCUGACUAUGCUCACAGGGUUCGAGGAAGAAGACCCUCUCAAGAUGGACUAUGAGAGUGAUAUUGACGACGAAGCUGAUAACAGCAAAGAUUCACAGGAAAGCAUUAUCCUUAGACGCAAAUACACAGACCAUUUGCCAGCCUUCGUGUUCGACACCAGCAUUGAUGCGAAGAAGCGUUCGAAGCUUAUAGAGAAAGAAAUGAACGAGCAGGCCAAGAUCAUCAACGACCUUCGGACUCUGGGCGCCAGCCACUCCACCAUCGAGUACGAGAUGAAGCGACUGCACGAACUUGAAGCGUUGGUCUUCAAAGAUUUUAGAAGGGACAUGAUCCAGAAACUUCGUCGUCAGAGCGUGCGGGCCAGCUCCAUCACGAAGGGCAAGCUGGGGCUGGGCUCCAACCGCAGCAAGUCCUUCGUCGUGCCCACUCCACCACAAGAGCGGAAAGAGUUUGGAGACAGGUUCACUUCCUUUGGAGAAGACUUUAUGAUAGAUAAUGAAUACAGCCCGGUGGAGGCGAACCUGGCGAUGUCCACGAGCGCGGUGGGCGACUCCGGCGAGACGCUGCUGCUGGGCGACGAGGACAACCGCCUCGCAGACAUCAUCGAGGGGGGCAGCUGGAGCUCCAUGGAGAGUGAAACCCUCACUGGUCCAUCUCGCUCAGCAUCGCUCCGAGGACCCCGAUCGAGUGGCGGCGCGGGCUCAAGCAACUUGCGUCCCUCGCAACCCCCCGGGGUACAGAGGCAGAGCUCACUGCCUGCCCACCCGGACCACUGGCCUGAUGAGCUGGAUCCUGUCGAGCUGAGGAGGAAACCUGACUAUAGCAGCGCGCCACAAUCCGACCCUCUAAGUUCUGAGGCGAAGGGCAGUAAAGCGAAGACUUCAGAGCCUAACAUUGACUUCGAGUUGGACGUGAAGGUGGACAUCAACAGCGGCAAGUGUGUGCUGCACACCAAGGAGCCGAGCAAAGAGGACGAAUUGAAAAUCAGCGGCAGUCGCAUGCGCGUGGGGCGGUCGGCGUCGGGCGGGCUGGGCGCGGAGGGCGGGUCGGGCGGGCCGGGGCCCGGCGCGGCGGGGGCCCCGGGGCCCGGCACGACGGGGGCCCCGGGGCCCGGCGCCGCCUCGCCCACGGCGCCGCGCCGCAAGGCUCCGCACGCGCGCCCGUCGCCCGCGCUCGACCUCACCGUGUUCCGGGUGCCCGGCCUCAACCUCAAGGUGCACUAUGAAUCAAAGACAUUGCCAGAAGAAGUGACAUCCCCCCAGACCGUGCCACUGUUACCCCUGAACCUACCCACGCGGAAGUUCAACACCAAGAAAGCGGCACUCUUCGCAUGGAUCACAGUGCAGAGCAUUCCAGAAGAGACUAUCAUCAGUCCUCACAUAUUGGAGUUUUUGGAACAAACCUUGGAACCUAUACCGACUAAAGCAUCGUUCUCUACACCUACACCUGAAGCGGAGAGUGGUUUCCGUUCUCGUUCGGUGGAGGGUUCGUACGGCCAGUACGUGUACGCGUCGUUCCCGGUGGACGUGAUCGUGCACUUCCACAUGCAGCCCUCCACGUUCCGCUUCAGCUGCCUGCCGGCCUCGCGCGUCGAGUGCCUGCUGCAGCUGCCCAGCCUGCAGAUCGUCUUUAGCUCCAAGAGGGCCAGCGAUGAGGAAAUGGCAGAGCCCGCAGUGGCCAUGGGCGGCCUCAGCGUGACAGGUUGUCUAGCCGACUUCUCAGUGAACAUGUUCCACCCCUAUGGAGGGAAGAAGUCAAGUCUCAAGGAGGCACAGUGGUCCCCACUCUCUGAUACCGAGAGGAAGGACUCGCUGAGCAUCAAUGUAGAGUUCGUUAAGUUCCACUUGUCGAGGUCCAGGAAACUCGACUUUCAGACUGACCAGGAUCUGUCGAAAGCUACUGUUAGAUUCUCUACGAUCGUGGAUGUGGGUUCAGCGUGGUUCAAGUACGACAUGCGGCGGUUGGGCGAGAUCCUCGCGUUCCCCAAGGCGUGGUACAGGCGGACCAUCGUAAGGCGCAUGUUCCUCGGAGACCUUAGUCUGCACAAUGACACUAGAAAUCAUGGCCCAUCGAGUAGCAAUGCUCCCGUAUCGCCGGUACUGCCGCAGAGAGAGAAAACAAAGACUGUUACUGAUCAUCAAAAACCUAAAGAUAUUAAAGUACCGGCGCCAGCGAUAGGCGCCGCUUGGGAGACCCUGGUGCUGUUCGCUGUCAACUUUACCAAGCUCAACGUGCACAUGAACAUGGGCAACGUUAUGGGCAAUGUCAGUUGGCAGAGCCGCGACUUCAACUGCACGGGGCGGCUGAGCAUCGGCAGCACGGGCCACCGCAACAUGCUGCUGGCGCUGGCCCUCGUGCGCUCAGAGCUGGACGCGCGGGCCGGCAUCGUGGGCGGCGCCAUCUCGCUCAGCUCCAUACACACGCACGUCCACAUCGAAGAGGAAGCCGGGUGCAACCCGAGCCACGUGUGCGGCGUGAGGCUGGCGGCGCUGGAGCUGCGCCUGGAGUACAUGGGCACGCCCGUGCUGCUGGCCAGGGUCUCGCGCCUGCAGGCCGCGCUCAGGGACGAGUGGCUGGCGCGGGCCAAGCACCCGCCGCACCAUCCGCACCGACCCACCUCCAGACCUGCGAUAAUCCUGACCCACGGUACGCUGAGCUGGCACCAGCUACAAAUCCUGAUGUCCCGAAGCACGACACCUGAUCUUCUAAAAAUGCAGUUGAAGCUCGAGGAGUUCUUCACGCAGCAGUUCAAGUCUAGCAAGAGAGUAUUUAGUUCGUUACAUCCAAAUUAUACAGCAGCCAAGAGAGACAGGAAGGAACCGCCAGCAGCCCCCUCUGCGUCAUCAGAAGCUCAACCUCCGCCGCAACACCAAGAGCUGCGUCACCACCGACAUUGGCAGAAAGUGCUGCAACUAGUUUCUGGGAUGCAACUGUCUACGCUCGCCACGCCUUUACCUUCUAAUGGUACCGUGCUCGGCGGUACAAUGGAACUGCACGGCACCAACAUCUCGCUGGCGUGUUUCCACGGCAACAGCCUGAAGGCCAAAUCAUGGGCGCUGUUCAGUCUCAAGGAGCCCUGCAUCAGCUUCGCCACCGAAGCGCAGCAGGUCGCCAACGACGAUGGCGAGCUGGAGGUGCACGUGGUGCAGAGCCUGACGGCGUCGCUGGGCGGGGCGGCGGGCGGCGCGGGGGCGGGGGCGGGGGCGGGGGCCACGCGCUCGCACCUGUCCAUGGCCACGGUGUGUCGCAUGACGCGCUGCAUGCUGUUCCCGCCGCAGUUCAAGACCCUCAAGGAGUGGUUCCACUACGCCUUCGCCAACAGCGAGAUUGAUGCGAUCGAGUUGUUCCCGUCUCUGGAGCGCGAGGCCCCGAGCGGGGCCCCGGGGGGCCCCAGCGCCACGAACACGGGCUCCACCGAGCGCGCCGCCAGCGCCGAGCGGAACAGGGCCGCGGGGGACAAGCACGUGCGGGAGGUGAUAUUCGCGUUGCCCUCACUCCAGCUGCAUCUUAGAACACACCAUCUUCAAGCCAACUCGCCGCCCACUGAGAAUGACGAGAAACCUGUAGUGGAAUGCAGUUUCAUCACGGAAUUCGAGGAUCACAUCUUCGUGUCAGUAGACGCUGAAGCGUUCCUGUUCCUCCAUGAUCUGAUAUCUUCGUACAUAAAGGAGAAAGAUCGUGUGAUGCCGGGGUCUGGGGCGGCGGGGGCGGGGCGGUCGCGGGCGGAGGGCCCGGCGCAGGACUACCGCGACUACCGCUGCGUCACCUGGCACCUCGAGCCCACCGUCAGGUUACUGUCGUGGGCCGGUAAAUCUAUCGAGCCUUACGGAGUCGACUAUAUCCUACAGAAGUUAGGCUUCAGCCACGCCAGAACCACCAUCCCCAAGUGGCUGCAGCGCGGCACCCUGGAUCCUCUCGACAAACUGCUGUCCUUAGCGCUACUGCGCCUAGUCGCCAUCGUGCCGCACAAAUCUUACUGA